AUGGCAUCUUGUCUGGCCCUGCACAUGGUGCUGCUGCUCGUCUCUGGGGUCCUGGCCCCUGCGGUGCUCACAGCAGAGGGUCCUCAGCAACCUGAUCCCACCCUGUGGAAUGAGCCUAUUGAAUUGCCCUCUGGUGAAGGUCCCCUGGAGAGCACAAGCCACAACCAGGAAUUUGCUGUCUCUGGCCCUCCAUUCCCCACCUCUGCUCCAGCACCAGAGGACAGCACCCCUCCGGCAAGGGCGGACCAGGACGGAGGAUCGCUUGGGCCGGGCGCCAUUGCAGCCAUCGUGAUCGCCGCCCUGCUCGCCACCUGCGUGGUGCUGGCACUCGUGGUCGUCGCGCUAAGGAAGUUUUCCGCUUCUUGA